AUGGGUGUGGAUGCGACUGGGAGUGCAGCGAUUGGAAACGGCAACGCAAACGCCAACGGCAGUGGGCAUGUGCAUCACCAGCAGUCCAGGGGCAUCCACGCCAGGCUGAAUGUCCAGAAGCGACACCUGGGCGGCGGCGCAAUCGCAGGCAUCACCGUCGGCGUCGUCGUUGCCGUUGCCCUGCUGGCCAUCUGCCUGUACCCGUGUCUGGUCUACCUCAAGCGCCGCCACAGAGGCAGAGGCACGUCGCACGCAGCGUUCGAUGCCGAGGCGGCCAUUGCUGCUGCUGCUAGCAACGCUUCCAACGGCGCAAGCAGCCCCCCCAAGCGCCUCUCGUCGAGCGACUCGUACAAGCACAAGGGGGAGUUGACGCGCGGAGGAAGCACCGACAACGACUGGAGAGCUGCCGCCGACCACAAUGGAUAUCCUCUCCCUCUCAAUGCGGCAUAUCUGCAGCCCGGCGACCCUGGCUUCGCCGACAAUGCCCUUGGUGCAGAGUACAGAGUCAAGGCCGAGCCAUUUCUGCCGCUGGGACUGGAUGAUGGCGAGUUUGCACCGCGGAUAUCGGCCGAUCACCAGCCCGGCGUGCUCAAGGGCACCAGCGCCGACUACUACAGCCCUGAUAUCCCAUCCGAGGCCUUUGGCAUGGUCACACAGCCUGACCCUCCGCUCGAUUCACCCAUCCAGCCUUCCUCUUCUCGUUCCAGCUCAUUUCGCUACAACAUGAAGCAAAUGUUCCGCCGCAAGAGCGGCAGGGACGCAACGCUGGAUUCUGCAUUUUCACAAGCAACCAUCACCGAGCUGCCAGCUGACGGAGCAAUUCCGCUGCAGACCAACAUCACCGCCGGUGACCGGGUUGAAUCUCCCGUUAGCCUCUCUGCUGCGUCUCUACCCCUCUCCCGCGCCUCUUCUCCUUCCCACCAGCCUGGUGUCGGAACGGAAGCUGAAGCCGAGCCAAGCCUGGGACCGGUCAGCCCUCCCGUGAGCAAUGCGGCUGAAGGGGCUUCCAAAACGACGCCCCCAGAGUCGCCUCACUUGUCGUCAUACCAGCAGUUCCGAAAGUCUCCCUCGCCUCCUGUCGCCGCUCCUGGAACUGUAAAUCCCAUGGACAUUAUGCCCGCCUCCACGGAAGCCGAGGUAUGGCACAGGACGGAGCAUCAGCUCUACGAGGCCUUCCAUAAGCCGUCGCCAAGUGACCCCGCCAAUGACACGGCCAUGCCCUCUCCCUCCCCGACACCCCCUGAAACGCAAGCUCAGCCAACAUUUACAGUACAAACCCCUGGUUCGACAAGUCGUACCGAGUUUGUCCCCGACUCAACUAUUAUUAAUAACAACAGCAGCAACAACGGCAACAACAACAACUACAACAACAACUACAACAACAACUACAACAACAACAUCAACAACAACACCAACAACGAUAAAACCAUCAACCACAACAGCAGUAAUAACCAGCAGCAGCUCGAUAGUGGCGAUGUCGUUAUGCUAGAUGCAGCCACUCUUCCUCCGACCCACGACCACAGCUUGACGGCUCCAGACGGCCGGCAUCCCAGCUACCCCUCCGAUCAGUCCACCCCACUCCCCGGCCCUGCCUUUACCGAUGUUUCAUCCCAGAACACGCCCUCGACUCAGCUGGACACUCCCUCUCCGCAGUCCGUAGGAAGUUCUGAUUUCCGCCAUAGUGCGUCGCCACAAUCGGGAGCCGGCAGCCACUCUCCCAGGACCGGCGUCUACCGAUGUGAAGAGCCCGGCUGCAACCAAACCUUUGACCAGCCACACAAGCUAAAACAUCACCAGCGAUAUCAUAGCAAAGACCACAAGUGCCCAUACCCAGGCUGUGGCAAGGGCUUUGGUACCAAGACUCAUCUUCAAAGACACAUUAAUGACAGGCACGAGAAGAAGAAGAAAUUCCACUGCUCUGUCACCGGUUGUGAUUAUUCUAGAGCAGGUGGCAAAGCAUUCCCCAGAAAAGACAACUGGAAGAGACACAUGAUCAAGAUCCACAACAUUGAGCAGCAAUCACUUCCGGAGCCUGUUGAAGUCGACAUGGAUGUAGACGGGUCAUGA